AUGCAGGCGGCCGUGCGCCGCUACCUGUCACUUCUGCGCCAGAAUCCGGAUGUUCCUGCGAAUCCACACCACGUGGCCGUACUCAGCGGAGCACUUGUCGAGGCCGGCCUCCACAGCAAUCAAGUUCUGGAUGCUCUCUUCCAUGCGCUUCUUCCCGAGCAUGGCGGUGCGCCCGCAGAGGGGCGAGUAGAAGCCGCCAUCCGGGAGAGUGCGGCCAGGAGGGAGAACCUUCACCAGCUAGCCGACGCUGCUGCUGGCCUCCUUGCUUGCCUGGAUCGGCCUAGCAGCCGAAAGCAACCUGAACGCUGCGAGCAGCGGGAGAUGCUGCAGCGUGCCUGGAGGAUGUCGCUGGAAGCUCUGAGCCAUCAGGAGGGAUGCAGGGUGAUGUUCUGCGGCCGCGGCGAGCAGGUCGGUGAGCAGAUUGCCAAGGAGCUUGGCGACACAUGCAGCUUCACAAAGUGUGACGUAAAUGUCGAAGCAGAGAUCAAGAACGUCAUAGACAAGACCGUAGAAAAGUGGGGCAAGCUGGACAUCCUUUUCAACAAUGCCGGUGGGCCCGUCGGACCCUUUCGAGUGGACCAAAUCAAAAAAGAGCAUCUAGAUGCCAACUUCAGCUUGAACUUUAACUCCAUGGUGAUGGCCACAAAGUUUGCACUGCCACAUCUCGUCAAGCAGCCGACUUCCUCCAUCAUCAACAACAGCUCUAUCGCUGCGAAGAAAGCAGGUUUUGGAGACCCUCUCUACAGUGCAUGCAAAGGUGCCAUGGACGCUUAUAGCCGAGUAGCUGCCAUGCAACUCGCACCUCGGGGCGUGCGCGUCAACUGCGUCUCACCCGGUGCCACUGCGACGCCAAUCUUCUGGAGCGGCUCGCCUGGCUCAGCGCGAGGUGCCACGCUUACGGCAGAGGAGAAUGCCAAGAAGCAGCAGAAGGUGGAGGCCAACAUCAUUAAUAAUUGUGCAUCUCUCCGUGUCGGCCGUGCAGGCACAGGUCUUGACAUCGCCCGGGCCGCAUGCUUCCUAGCAUCCGACGACAGCAUCUGGAUUACCGGGCAGGAUCUAGUUAUCGAUGGCGGCAUGACCACCUUUGAUGCACCAAACAAAGCCUGGAUGGCAGAUCCCAACCCAGUGGACCCUGUGCCUUUAAGGCACAAACUCUCCAAGCUUUAA